AUGAAACAAAGCUAUCGCAACCUGUCACAAGUGAGUGAUAGUGACGAAGAAACAGUCUUGGAACUGCAGUCCUCGGACGCCGAAAGUUCUUCAGAUGAUGAAAGCGUUUCAAGUGAGAACUAUACAAAGACUGAAAGCGCUGCAUCUCUGCCUGAGGGGACAUCCUCGACAUGGAAGGCAACAAUGAACUUGUUAAACUACAUCGAAGGGGUUGGAUUGCUUGCUUUACCGUAUUCUAUCAAAAAGGGUGGAAUCACGGCUGUAAUAUCACUGUUUUUACUGCCAAUUAUCACCUGGUACGCGGGAAAAGUGUUAGCCGAGAGUUUGUACGACAGCGACGAGAAAAAAGGAAAGACUCGAGCAAGAUCAACUUGGAAGGAGAUAGGAGACGCAAUAUAUCCUAAAUAUGCAGGUAAAAUUGUCGCGUGGAAUCAAGACAUUGGUUUUGUUUUCAUAGCAGUCAAUUAUCUAAUUCUCUGUGGAUCUCUCACCUCCCACGCCCUAUCAACAGUACCCCUCUCGCAAACUUCCUGGACCUGCUUCGCUGCACUGCUUAUUCUACCAACAAUGUUUUUGAAAUCGUACUCCCAGAUUGCAUGGCUAAGUACUAUUAGUAUAGUCGCCAUUGGUCUAACUACAGCACUAACAGGAUGGUAUGGCCUUGAAAAUAUAGAGAAGUGGAAUCCCGGUACACUUUUGUUUUGGGACUUCGAAGGAGUCUUCAUUUCGUUGGGAAUUGCCUUGUCUAGUUACGGCGUGGCGAAGAUCAUUCCUUCGGUAGAAAAAAGUAUGAAGAAUAAAUCGGACUUUGGAAAAGCGUUGGCUUCGGCAUUUGCUGUAUCAGUUGUAAUUAAAGUGAUUAUUGCAGUCUUUGGAUUUUUGACUUUUGGAUCCAAGACAGAUGAAGCCAUUGUUAAUAAUUUUCCCGCUGGACCACUAAACAUAACCGCUUCUAUAAGUCUCGUUAUUAGCAGCUUACUCUCAAUCAUACUUUGCUUGAGACCUGUAUGUGAAUCUCUCGACGAAUCGAAGUUUUUUUCAGAAAUAACUUCGGAUAUUUCCAAUACCAUAUGUAAUAUUAUAAUUCGGGUUUCGUUGGUAGUCAUCACACUGGCGAUAGCUAUUUUUCUGCCACACUUCGCGCUCAUAGCAGCUCUUGUGGGAUCUUUUCAGACCGUAUUUUUCGGGUUUUGCAUUCCUUCAUUGGUGCAUUUAAAGGUAAAGUACCACGAACUCAGCAGAUUGGAGAUUUUUGCUGAUGUUAUACUCCUUGUAUUGUCAAGUGCGUUUUCUGUUUUGGGAAAUUACUUCUCUAUAAAAGCUCUCGUUCAAGCAAGACUCAACAGGUUUUAG